GGCUCACACACAGAGCUCUCAGCUCGGCUCAGCAGCUCUGACCACCCGCAGAUGAUGCUUCAGUGCGACUUCACAUGAGAUUACUGCAGGACUGAGCAGAGUUGUGGCUCUGCAGCUGAUGGGCUUCUCUUCUUUCUAUCUUUAUCCCACUUUUAUUUGGACACUGGGAAGAAAUAAAUAGCUUAACACACACUGUUGGGAGGCAAAUUAAUGGCGCCGACACGGAGGGGAUUUCCCUAGGCUGCAUUUACACCAAUGGAUCUGCUCACAAGUUCUGAAUGGGCCAAAUUGUGUUUGGCACAUUAAUUUUCACACAUCUUUUUUGUGAAAUCAUUUUUGCAAGAACAUCAACACUUAAGAGCUUACAGUUUUUGGGGGGAUUUUCACUGGAAACAAAGGAUGUGCUCUAUAGUCGUGCUUCAUCAGUGGAGUCUGGCUGUGUUCUUGCUGUGCUCUCCGGUGACUCUCGAUGGGAGACCAGUUGAUGCACUUAGUAGCAGAACGAAGAGGUCAGUAGGCCACGCCCAGCUGAUGCAUGAUAAGGGACGCACCAUACACGAGUACACGCGCCGCAUGUGGCUACACGAGCUGCUGGAGGAGGUGCACACGGCUGAUGAUCGUGCUCCACCUGCGCAAAGCAGAACCUCAAGCCAAAGCUUCAGUGGAAACCACCAGAAGCCCUCGGGGGCCACCAAAGAUCUCUCUGACAGGUUCAGGCAGGACAGAGUGGGCCCUAACCUCCCUCAGGAGACCAACAAAGCUCAGGCUUAUAAGGAGUCACUUAAAGUUGCCACCAAGAGGAAAAAAAAGGUGAGGCUGGGCCGGCGUAGAGAAAACGAUAAGAAGAGGAGGCGAGCACGGUCUGUCCUAACAAAGGCGCCACCACGGAUGGCUAUCUAA